AAAUAAUUCAUGAGAUUUGAGAAUGUUCUGUAAAAGGCUGAAUUUAAAAUUCAUAUUAUAUUCAUUCACAAGCUGAGACCAAUCAUUCAUUACAUUUACGAUGGCUAGUUACUACUAUCUUGAUAUUUCUUUAGUUUUUCCCUAUGCUAGUGACCUAGAAAUAACACCAGUGUAUUUUAAAAAGUCAGUAAUGGAUGCAGGGAAUCAACUGUUUGGAGAAACUUUUACCAGUGUGGAUGUAGAUCUUUUAAAAUACAAUCAAAAAGAGAAAAGGGCAGUUUUAAGAGUGCCACAAUCACACUAUGUAAAACUGAGAAGUAGUCUCAGUUUUGUUCAUACAUAUGGAGAUGAAAAAUGUUAUUUUAGGGUUCAUAAGGCUUCUCCAUUAUUAUUGUCUUUGCAAGGAGAUAGCAGAAAUUGUGUAUUUUAAUUGAUUACAUGUUAUACAUAAACCGAAAAGACUGAAUAGUGUUUGCAUUUGUUCACAAUAUCAAAUUGUUAAUUUUUUUUUAAUAAAUAUUUGUAUACAUAA